AUGUUCAAACUCCUGGUGCUUUUCGGCCUCCUGGCCAUCACACAAGUCUACGCCGGCGUGGUCGCGCCAGCGGUCGUCGUGAAAUCUGCCGCCACGUGGGGUGGUGCUGGAUGGGGUGGCGCUGGCUGGGGUGGCGCUGGAUGGGACGGCAAGGGCGCGUGGGGUGACAAUGGCGCCAACGGCGCGUGGGGUGGCAAUGGCGCCAAGGGCGCGUGGGAUAACGGCGCGUGGGGUGGCAAUGGCGCCAAGGGCGCGUGGGGUAACGGCGCGUGGGGUGGCAAUGGCGCGUGGGGUGGCAACGGCGGAUGGGGUGGCAACGGCGGAUGGGGUGGCAAUGGCGCGUGGGGAGGUGCUAAAUUGGGCUAG